GUGAGUGUGGGGGGGGGGGGGGACCAAACGGCUUGGUGGUGAGCGCGGUGCACCAACUUGGCUAUAAAUGUUAGCCAAGUGCUUAACAAAUUGUUGUAGUCAGGACUUUGUCAUAUUGCCGAGCCUAGUUUCAGUAUUCGCCCCGUCCAUCCCUUGAAAGAAAGUGGAGUCGUCCAAAGGAAAAAGGCUUUGACAUCCGCUGGAGUUGCUGUGAGAUUAUGCAGCCAAAUAGGUCCGAUUACAGUAACAGGCGGCAAUACAGCGAUAGAAGUUCAAGACUGUGUGACGACUAUGAUUACAGAUGGGAAGAAAAGCAUGAACCUCACAGAGAUGUACCAAAAGAUUCCUAUCAGAAAUAUGGUGGAAAUGGUAGCAAAGAGAAGACAAGCAGAGGUAGAGAAUACAGUGACUCGCCUAAGAUGCUGUACAGCAAAGGCUCAUUGAACAGAGACGUGAGCAGAAAGAGCUCAGCGAGGAGACUCAUGUCUUCACCUGAUUGGGGUACUUUUGAAAAGAAAAGGCAAAGGUUUACAGAGGAUGAUAGAGAUGAUAAAAGAUACAGGCUUGAGCCUGAGGAUAAUACAAACAGGCUGUCACCUGACUGUUUUUCACUUGCACACGCGACCAAGGAUUUUAAACCAAUGCUACCACAGGAAGAGGCCUUCAAAUACAGGAAAACACCUCAAGACUCCAGACACAAAUAUGUGCAGGAGGAGUUCACCUAUAAGCAACAACAUGAUGACUCUAGACAAUCAUCAGGAUAUUACAAAGAUAGAGUGGGUCAUAAAAGGAGCAGAGACUGUUCGCAAGAGAGGAAACAAUCACAAGAUCGCUCUAAGAAGAGUUAUGUCAACCCCAAAGAGCGGAAUGACAGCCCCACCACAGAUCAUGAGGAGUAUCGUCAAAGUAUCGCAAGGUUUCCAUUGAAUGAAUCUUGUGGACAGUCUUUUGAGUGUGUCACCAACCAAAGUCCUGAGCAGAAGUCAGCCAUGGGUUUCCAGCGUUUCCUCAAUGUGCUCAACAAGGGUGUGAAUGUCGCCACGCUCACCAAGAUAGUGACUCAGACCUCCACAGAAGUGGGGGAUCGUCCGUGUUCGACGACAUCUUUCAUGAACGCCGAUCAUUCCUGGUCUCCCGGUUACGCUGGAGGGCAACAGAGUGUACUGGCUGAAGGAUGAAUCCAGUCGACUGGGAUGACGUUACAAAACGAUCCUUCCAGAGAAAUCUGAAUCCAAAUCAGCAGAAUGUUGUUGAGGAUGCUUCAAGCACCAAUGAGGAGUGGAACACUUACUGCAAUAAUGCAGGACACGCUGUUGAUGAAGCUCAAAGCAACAAGGGAGUGAAUGUGGAAUGGAAGGAACUCGGUUGUCCCUCGCAUAACUUUCACAUUAACAACUCAGAAGUCGAGGAACCAGAUGGGGAACCACUUGAGAUGGAUGUAGAGGAUCCAGAGCUUUCAAGAAAGCGAAAAGAGCUUCGAGCGAUAGAGGAGCGAAUACAACUUAAGAAAGCUGCUAUUGCCUUGAAAACAGUUGAACCGUUGAUGAAGAAGACAACGUCUCCAGACUUUUCCUGUAAUAAUUCGGCUACAUGCUUUGCUCUUAAAGACAGGGUGAAUUUAAUUUUGCAGCAAAAACAUCCUGGCAGCUUUUUGGCCACGGUUCGUUCACCCAAAAAGAGAAUUAACUCCAGCCUGAGGAAAGAUGGUCUGGUGCAGGACAACCAUCCCCUGAAGCUCAGAGUGAAGGCACUAAUGAAGCGGAGAUGUAGUGAUCCGAUUGUUUUGCCAGAAAGCAGAGAGGUUGCUGACCUCACACCACCUCCUCCCAGCCAAAACGUUACUUCACCAAACAACGAGAAUGGCGUCAACAAGGGUUUCCAGCGCUUCCUCAGCAUUCUCAACAAAGGAGUGGACUUUGACUUCCUCAGUAGGAUUGUCAAUGAUGACAGUGUUGAUCUCCUCAACAUUAAGCCAGAUCCAACCUUCAGGAGAGAAAGUCCGCAAUCAAAUAGUGGAGCCUCGCGGCCGGGCAGCAGUCGGACCAACAGUGGAGAAAAGAAGACUGACCCACCCAGCCAAGAGAGAUCCCUGAGUGAGAGACUUUCCCUACCUGAUGAUGACGAGAAGAAGAAUGACAGGAGUCGAUCCAAGUCUCCCUCUGCAGUGAUGAAGAGGAAGAAAGAAGAAGAAAAAUCACAGGUGGACGAGCAACGUGAACAGCUCCAGAACAUUCUUAAAACUCUGGGGAUGAGUCUGGAAGUGGAAGAGAUGAGCAAAUUAGCAGACCGGACUCAGGAGAGGCUGUAUGGGAAGAAGCAGGACAACACAAGAGUAGAGCAGGAGAGUCGGCAGUACAGUAAGUCCUCCUCUUCCUCCUCCUCCUCCUCCUCCUCCUCGUCAAGGUCAACCUCUAGAAGCUAUAGUCCAAGCCCCUCUCGCCGUCGGCGCUCCCACAGCAGGGAAUCAAGACAAAGGUCUGAAUGCGGCCACUCGAGAGACAGAAGCGGAGAUGGACUGACAUGCCAUGAUGGUAACAAGGACCGUAAAGAAGAACGGACGUACAGUCACAUAGACGAAAAAUACCCCAAAGUAAUCUCUUAUCAACAUCCAUAUCCACCAAACCAUACAUAUCCCCUGCCUGCUGCUCUUCCUGCAUUUCCAAAUAAUGUUUUGUCCCAAGACUCACGGUACUCUGCCUACCACAGUGGCACCUACAGCGCUGCUUCAAAUUCUUACUGGGCACCUACUCAGGGUGCUAUUCCUCCCUCCUUUUAUACUAGCGGGUCUCCUUAUUCACAAAACACCUACCAUCACGUUCCUGGCUCUGCAGUGGCAGCUAACAUAGAUUACCCCCCUCAGCGCAACUCUUUUGACAUCAACCUAUUUGGGAAUCCAGAUCUAUCUAAGAGUGAAGGCCAAACUGGAUCUGUUUCAGGCCCUCGCUGCCUGCAGGUCAUCAGCACUAAGCAGUCAAACACUGGUCGCUGUCUACAGACACUCACAAAAGGCCACAAGAGGAGGGGGAAGUUAGAAACUCGCAUAAAAAAUAGUCGUUUACGUUGGGCAAAGAGGAAAGCUUUGGAGAAACAAAUAAAAUUGGCAGCAAGACAGGCAGCCAAUUUGGUGAAGAAGGGGGAGGCUCCACAGCUCAAUGAAGAUGACCCUGAAGCCAAUUUGGUGAAGAAGGGGGAGGCUCCACAGCUCAAUGAAGAUAACCCUGAAGCAGAGCAGUCAGAAGAAGAAAAACGUCCGCCAACGGAAGAGGAAAUAAAAGCGAACUUGAGGAAAAAGCUUGAAGCAUUUAACCAAAAGGUAAAGCAAAAGGUCGCACAGCCAGCCAACUCCCUUCCCACUCCGACUGGUUGAAAUGUGGAUCGUCUGUGACUGGCAGACUAUGUGGAGCUCAUGUUCAACAUUCAUUAUUUACACAUGCAGUUGAUGGUGGUACAGGACCAUUUCGUGUUUAGUCAUUUUUCCAGAUUUGUACUGAAUCAUCCUCGAACUCUGACAAGUAAAUUCUAUCUUCCUCAAAAAGAUAUUUUUGUGCCAUUAAUUGCUAGUUUGGGUUGAGACCGGUUUUACCCAGAUCAGCUUAACAUUUUUGUGAAUAUUACUACUUUGUAAGUCUCUUUAUAAACACCCUUUUUUAUUCUU